AUGAAAGCUUGUCAAGACUUGUUGAAUCAAGAUGGUCAUAUUCGAAAUGUUAUUCAAGUGCAAAGUUUGAGUCAAAGAAUGAAUAAUCGGCUAUGUCUCAAGACUUUAAUUGACACUGUUCGUUGGUUGGUGCUUCAAGCUUGUACUUUUAGAGGUCACGAUGAAACUAACAAUUCAAAAAAUCAAGGAAACUUUCUUGAGUUGUUAAAACUUUUAGCAUCUUAUAAUGAUGAAAUUGCAAAAGUUGUGUUGGAAAAUGCUCCACAAAAUUACAAGUAUACUUCAUAUCAAAUUCAAAAAGAGAUCUUGCAAAUUCUUUCUAGUAGGGUGAAAAAGCAUAUUCGUGAGAAAAUUGAAUGCUUACCGGCUGAAGAAAAAUGCAAACUAUGGCCUCGCUCGCAAGGUGAUGAUGAUUAUGAAGUGGGAAGCUUUAAUAUGGUGAUGAUGGAAGUGUUUGAAGAAGUAUCGAAGAUUGAAAGAAUGAUAGAUGAAGAAUUCAACAUUUUUGAAGGGGUAAAACGUGUUGUAGAUGUAUGUGCUCCGUCGGGUAGCUGGAGACAGGUGCAGGAAAACCUGAGUUUGCUCCGGAUGAAGAUACACAUGUCAUUGGUGAUUAUAUUAAGCAUGUUAUUCGGGGAUUGCCAUCUUCUCCGGUCCCUCCCUGCAUCUUGUUGUAAGGCACUGUUAGAAGCUUGUCAGUUGCUUCGAUGCGCGUAG